CAGGUGUGGACCUGUAGCCAGUGUUUCUCUACUCUACACCUUCAGUGUAUACAGAAGUGGGCCAGGGAUGGUGCUGCAUAUACUCAGUUGAAUUCUCAAGAAAAUAUAUCUCCAGCUGAUAUCCCAUGGCACUGGUAAAAUAAUUUUGAUAAUUUAUCAACAGUCACUGGACUGUCAUCAAGGGCUACUAAGAAUGUGGCCCUUGAUUUCUUAUAGGAUAAUAGAGAGGAGAAUUGUGACAUCAUGUUACCAUGGUAGCAAAAUUUCUGGAUCACAACAGUUGGAGGCUUAACCAAUGACGAUGAUGACGGCAAUGAGAACUGCAAAAAAGCAAUAGGUUUAUAUUAGCAAAACAAGACCUCUGCACAUGCAUCAUGCUUCUGUACAUUUUUUAGCCGUCGUUGUACAAGUAUGCCAAUCACAUGAAACUUCCCAAUUUCAUGGCCCACUUUAUGGAGUAGGAGAACAGAAAACAAAAAUUUUCUUUUCCUUAACAUAGAUAUGGUCCUUUUGGAUUCAACCCCAGAAAAUUUCACCAAUAUUUGACAAAAAAUGAAAUUUGAUAAGAUGGAUGGAAGUCUGAAGCAGUGCAAAUUCACUUUUUAAGUGACAUUUUCAGUUUGUUGUCAUCCAGAAAAAUUUGCUACCAUGGCAAUGCGACGUGAAGACUUCUCCUCUCUAGAGAAGACGAUAAAACCACCUUGAUUCCCCGCCUACUUGUUGUAUUUACCUGGCGUUUUAAAAUCUUAGUGACAGCCCUGAACAGUAUUCUGAAAUGCCAGCAACCUCUCUGCCCCAGCCUGAGAGAGUUCCUGUUGGGGGGGUGGAGCAAAAUGAUGGCGGAUAUUUCAUGAUCAGACUACCCUAGAUAGUUAACAAUUUACAUGUAUGUGUCUAUGAUUCCACAGUAUUAAGGUGAUUUUUGCUUCAUUUUAGCCCAAAGUGCAGAUAUGAGUUCAAACAAUCAGAAUGUCCCACAAGAUAUUACUGCUUCUGUGGAAAACAGGUAACUACAUGUAUUCUAUUCCAAUUUGAAAAACUUCACAGUUAGUGAACUCAAACAUGAGUAUUUUGCUUUUUGUAGGAAUUAUAUCAAUAAUAUUUUUUUGGUCCUGUCUUUUUUUUUUAAGGAAAAUCCCUCUUUUGAUCCAUGGCUGACACCACAUUCCUGUGGCCAGUCUUGUAGCAAGCCUCUCAAACCUGACUGUGGUCAUGACUGCCUGCUGCUUUGUCACCCUGGUGCGUUGCUUGUUCAUCGUUAAUUACACUCCUAAAAUUAUUAAAGUUGUGAUAUAACUAGUGUCUUUCUAACUUUUGAUUCUCUGGAUAAAAUUCUCUGAUGUUAUCAUGGCCAUUCAAAUUAAAUCUUUUUGGCAGAACUUUUACUUAGUCCAUAGUUCAUAGCCAAGUCAAGUUAAGAAAAAAUAUCAUAAAGAUGCUUUACUACCCAUGUUAAAGUACAAAAAAGGAGUAUAAAUGGCUACAGUGACAUACCACUAAGGCAACACUGUAAUGGACAAAGGACCUUAUCCAGGGGUUCGGUUGAGAAGUAGUAAACUGUUCUUCUGCAGCGCAGGUGCACCAUCCAAACUGUUCAAGGUAUUGUGAUGUUAUGGGUGACAUGUGAUCCCAUGCAUUUACUGUAUUUUGUAAUGUCUGCACUCGGCUGGAUUCAAGUGAUUGGUAGAAAUGCUUCAUAAAACACAGAAUUUUGCACCUUGUGAUCUCAAAUGUUCACAAAUGUAAGAAAAAUGAAUAAAGAUUACUUUUAAACCUUAUAUUUUUAGUGUCAUGCUCUGCGUUUUUGAGACGUUUUCAGUUGCUUGAAACUGACACCCCCUAACUAAUACAUAGUUUUACAUACAUAAUACAUUUGGGAUCAAAAGGUGCAAAAUUCUGUCUUUUAUGAAGCAUUUCUAAUGAUCACUUUAAUCAAGCUGAGAGCAGGCAUUAUGAAACACAGUAAAUGUAUGAGAUCACAUGUCAUGUGUGACAUCAUGAUGCCUCGAACAGUUUGGAUGGCCCGCCUGUAUUCUGCCGUAGUUGCUUCAUGUUUCUUAAAGCUUCAGCCUUGUUCAAUAUCUAUAUGUUUAUUAUUGCAGCCUGCUUAAUGUGUCCCUUGCAGGUCCCUGUCCUCCUUGUCCUAAGACUGUGCGGGUGUCCUGUCACUGUGCCGCGCAUCCUCCUGUUGUAAGACGCUGCGGUGCUAAAUUGUGGUCAUGUGGAAAACCAUGUGGGAAGCGCUUGUUUUGUGGUCAUCAUAACUGUGAGACACCAUGUCAUUCUGGUAUGUACUCAUUUCAAAAUAAAUAUUAUUGAUCCUUGUUAAUUUUUACUUGGAUUUGAUAAACUGCUAUGAAUGAAGUGGAUGAAGCUUCUUUCUUAAUCUUAUUUUAUGAUUUCAGGUGAAUGUUUGCCUUGUCCUAAGGAAAGUUUACAGAGUUGUCAAUGUGGUAAAAUGAAGAGUAAAAGACCUUGUGCUAGCCCAGAAUGGCAGUGUGAACAGGUAGUGUGUCUAGUCUGAUCAUUCUUGCACUGUAAAAUACAGUCCAAUCUCUAGUCAUAAGCAACCACCCACGAAGACUUAGGUUUUGCUUCAGUAAGAAGAUUACUAACCACGAUCGACCCACUGUGUAAUUUUCAGCUUGCUUUUCAUUUUGAGCAGAUGUGGAUAGUUACAAUAUUUGGAGAGCAUGGUGUAAUGGCUCAUAUGCUAUGAUGGCUAAGCCAAUCAGAGCUCUAGAAUUACAUUGUCCAAUGAUUUUGUUUUUAAUAAUUAUAUUUAGUAGCUGGUCCUGAGUUUCAGUGAUGCAGAGGUGUGUGUGGAGGAGAGUAAUAUUAAAGCAAUGGAAUUUGGAAGCAACUCAAGAACAGACUGGCCUACCAUUGUAUUUGGUUCUAGUGUCAGAUGUAUAGGCAGAGUGAUAAUUUAUUUACAGUCAAAAGGUGGUAAUGAAACAUGCUCUGUAGGAAGACUGACAUGUACGUGGAUCAUCAUACAUUUCGUGGAAUCUGCCGACCUUCCCCUCCCCUAAGCCAACAUUUUGCCCUAGUGAGAAAUAAGUGUUAAUGUUGGCUUAGAGGAGGGGUAGGGGGCAGUUUCCCACCAACGUAUUAUGAUCCAUGUUUGUUGGUGUUUCUCUGGCUGCAUACCCUAGGCCUUCUGUGGAAGUCUUUGGUCUAAAUAUGUACUUCUAAAUCCUUUCAGGUUUGCAACAAAGUCUUGUCGUGUGGUCAUCACCGAUGUGAGAGGGUGUGUCAUGCAGACAGCUGUGGUGAUUGUCCAAGGACAGGACAAAGGAAAUGUCCCUGUGGACAAACUUGUGAGUAAAACAGCCAUUUCUAUUCACAACUUUUUUUUUUAGUGAUUUAUAAACAAAGCAUAUAUGUUACAGGUCAAAACUAAUUUUACGUGAAAAUAUUGUAACCUUCGUCUUGGCCUGGCCAGCCAUAAUUAUUCAUGAAUAAGAGCUAGGAGACAAAGGUUAUUGAGACUCAACAACAUGACUAAAAAAUUUGGAUCAAUUUAGAUUUCUGGGAAACUGCCCACCUACCCCUCCCCUAAGCUGUCAUUAUGCCUUAAGUGAGGAGUGAGUGUUAAUGUUAGCUUAAGGUAGGGGUAUGUGGGUAGUUUCCCAGAAACCAAAAUUAAUCCAAAAAUUUUAACCUGAAUUUUGACCUGCUGGCUGUAACAUUCUGAACACUCAGCUUACACUGUACUUUUCAUUGAUCCUAGACAUAUACUGGAUAUAUAAUUCACAUAAUUUUAUAUAAUAAUUAUCUGUUAUAUAUACUUGUCAGGGCAAGGAUCCAGCUACAAUCAAGGACAAAAUUUUGGGGACAAAUGUUGCAAAAUUAUUGUGGCACUGUUUACAUAAUGCAUCCUUAAUCAAAAUAUAAAUACAUUUAACACAAAAUCUCUGACUCUUACAGCUGUUUCAUUGCCCUGCACUGAGGAUGUUCCAACUUGUGGUGGUACGUGCGAUAAACCGUUAACUUGCGGCAGACAUAAAUGUACUCAGCAGUGUCACACAGGAUCAUGUGGCAUCUGCAGGCAGUUGGUGACCAAAACUUGUCGUUGUGGCAAACGUGAGAAAGAUGUCAUUUGUUCACAGGAGUUCUUAUGUGAAUUAAAAUGCCUUAAAAUGAGGCAAUGUGAACGGCAUCAGUGUAAGAGAAAGGUGGGAGUUUAUUCUUAAGAUGUCUGAAUUAUUAUUAAAACAGAAUAAUUUGUGUGGAGAGAAAAAACUCUGAAAAAGGUUUCUGACUUCCAGAUGGCGAUUGAUUCUACAAUCUUCAAAAACACUGAUCAGAUGCUCUAACCACUGCUCAAGCUACUGGGAACUCCAGUGAUGAGCAGGUCAUUUGUGGACUGACAGGAUGACUGCAUCACACAGUCACAUUAUGACAAAAGAACGUACAAAAUAACCAUAUCGCACAGUCACAAUGUCUGAAUUAUUUCAUAAAAUACAUGUAGCCAUAAAAAUCCUAGACACCCCUCCAGUCAAUUAGCAGCCCUACUGCCCAUGGCGCAGAUGAGGUUGGAGGAGGGGAGAGGGGAGCUGUUUUUGCAGCAAGCAGUGACGCUUCUCUUCAGCUUUCUGGUGAUGUUCAUAGCAUAUAUUAAAUUUUACGUAUUUGCUUUCAGUGCUGUGGUGGUAGUUGCCCUCCAUGUGAACAGACUUGCAACCGAACCCUGAAUUGUCGGAAUCACAAAUGUCCAUCACAGUGUCACAGAGGUAAUUAAUUUUAUGUAAAAAGUUGUCAUUUUUUUUUUGUUGGAAGAAAAGUGAUAGAGAAAUGUCUUACAGCCUUAUUAUUCAACCAAUCCUAGAGGUAUUCAAAGAUAUGUUUUUACUUUCCAUAUGGAUCUUUGGAAAAUUGUUUACUCUCAGCGACUCUGGUGGGUGUGGUCCUAUUUAUAUCCAGUGUCCAUUAGUUCAAAUAAUAAUAAUACUGUCUGCCAUUUAAGUCACUAUCUUAUUCCAGUAAAACCAACUGUCCUCUAAAUAGGUAUUUUCCAAACAGGUGCAUGCAGUGUGGGUAAAGAUUAAUAUAAAUUUAGUAUUUAAUGACAUGAUUGCUUGUAGGCCAAUGUUACCCCUGCCCCCUGCCAGUGGACAUAAAGUGUUUCUGUGGUGCAACAGUGUUAACUUUACCAUGUGGCCGUGAAAGAGUCACUAAGCCACCAAAAUGUUCUGAACUGUGCACGUAAGUGUUUUUAUCUUGUUCUUCUUUUCCCUGCUGGAGUACAUUUUAGGAGGAACAUUUGAUUUUUACUGUCGGAAACUAAUAAUUCUUAUCAAUUAUUCUGCUGGCUUUUGUCCUAAUUUAAUACCCUGAUUUUGUUUUAUCGAUCUAGACAUCCUCCAGAUUGUCAUCACAAACAACGCAAGGUUAGAAAAGGUUGAUAUUAAAAAACAGACAUGAUGCGUAAUAAUGGCAGGCAACAAGUUGAGCCCACAAUCCCAAUCUCCAGGCUGCUUUUAUGUGUGCAUGGCACACAUGUAGCCAGCUUUGUUUGGACGUCCGCUAAGAAUGAGUGGAAUACACAGAAAGAAGAAAUGCAAUCUGGCCAUGCACAUUUGGACCUUCUAUCACUCGCAAUCUGAACUUGUGUGUUUUCACCACCUACCACACACAUUGUCCUGCACACUCCAUAAUAAUAAUAUGGUUAUUAAUUUAUAUUAAUGUAUUAUAUUUUAUACAAUAUAAUCUAUGACACUCGAACACAAUAAAGACAAGGAGGGUCAUUGGGCAAAGGUUUCCUUCAACGAUACGUACAAGAUAUGUAAUUCGCUAGUAUAUCAUUGCUUUGAUCACUGAAAGAAAUUCCAGGUAUAUGAAAAUUCCCUUGAAACAAGUGAGAACUCAGUUAUUCUAUCUCAGUAAGCAGUCAUUAUUUAAUUUAAAAAAUAUCUUUUAAGGAUUUAAAGCAAUGCUAUUAAAACAUGAUGUUUUGGUGACGACAGGUCACCAUUAUCAAACGCAAAUGAAAGAGACUAUGAAAUGAUAUGUAAAGGAAAUGAAGGUGUGAUACACAACAAAACAUCAUGUUUUAAUAGUGUUGCUUUUUAACCUUAAAUGUUUCAUAAAAUCUUUUGUUAAAUCAAAAAUUAUCUCCUCAUUGUUUUUAGCCUCAUCGCUGUCAUUAUGGUGCAUGUCCUCCCUGUAGCCAACGCUGUGAUCUUGUACAUCCUUGCAGGCAUACCUGUCCUGCCCGUUGCCAUGACAACAAACCUGAUCCAUCUAAAGUCCCUAAGGUCAGUUCUUUUUUAGUUUUAAAGUUGUGCAAAUGUUAGUGAAUGUUCAUGAACUAAGACUGGGCUCAAAAAUGACAAUCCAAUAUCAUUACAAAAAUAUUGAAAAUGUCAUAUUUUCAUAUAAAGUUGUCACUUUAUUUCAAAUCAAUUUUUUCUCCUUCGUUUCAACUUAUAAAUCAUAGGGUAAAGAAAAUGAAUAUUGAUUUAAACAAAACCAGGCCUUAUAGUUCUCAUGAGUCUCCUGUAACUUAAGUUGUAGAGCACCUGUACUAGUACCCAGUUCAAGUGGUGAAGUCGUAAGCCCGCAUCUUGUUGGGAGAACUCUCAUUUUGUUUCUGAGUCAGCCAUGUCACUGACUGAAAAAUGUCAUCUUCAAAAGGCAGAUAAUCUGACAGACACUUAGCUCUCCUCAGGGUUGCCAUGGUGAGGGAAAAGUCAGGGAAAAUCGUUGAUAUUGUCAAAGUCAGUGAAAAGUCAGGGAAUUCUGUUUUCUGGUUUAUAGUUCAUAAGUUUUCCUCAAGAUUUUGAAAUACAUUUAUCUUUCGGAAAAGCCGAAAAGUAUGCUGCAAAGCAAGCAAGGUGAUAAAUUUGAUGCUGCACCUGACACAUGUAGUAGUUGUGGUCAGUGGUUUUUGUUGUGAAUGCUUUCUUCCAAAUUCCCUCUCCCUCUUUCUGCGAAAAGCGGAAAGAGGUUGAAAAUGAAGAGAAAACAAAAAAAAAGCCUGCAAAAAAAGCUAAAGUGAAUGUAAAUAUGGAUUGUUUCUCAUUAAUAAAAGGUCAAUGAAAACUGUUGAAAGGCCAGUGAAAAGUCAGGGAAUUUUUAACUUUCUGAAGAGUGGCAACCCUGUCUCCUUUUGCAGCAGAUUAUUAGUUCUGUUUGCAGUAGUUAAAUUUUUAUUACAUUAAUGCUAGUCUGCAUGACUAACUUUUGAGCUGGUUAUUUUUAGACACCACUCAAUGGUUGGCCAGCUGGGUUUAAGUCUGCCUCAAAUCCUGCUGAGUUUGUUCCGAUGCCAUGCCCACCAUGUGCUGUUCCAGUUGAAAUGUGAGUAGUUGUGCGCUCUGACCCAGCCAGACCUCCUUUCCCAUUUCCAUUUUCCAUUUAUAUUGGUUAGUUAAGGGCCUGUUUACAUGGAGGUGGGGGACCCCAGGUAGGUGAGGUAACCGGCCUAGGUAGGGUAACCCGCCUGUCCAUAUAAUCUCUCAUUUUAAUUUGAUCACGUUUACAUGAUAGGUGGGGUGACCCGCCAAAUGUUGCCUCGCCUACCUGUGGUCCCCGCCUCCAUGUAAACAGGCCCUAAGUCAGAUAAACACAUAAACAAACUAAGCGAGGGCAAAGGACAUCCUUUGUUUCAAUCACUUUCCAGAAUCAAUCCAGCAACAUUUUGUACUUUUAGGCUUAGACAUGUCAAAUUCACUUUUCCAGUCUGCAAUGCUGAGCACUUUUAGAUUGACUUAGCUAUAAUCUAGGAUAGGAAUUAAAAUGCAAUUUUUGCAUUUUAAGUUUUUACUCACUAGUUAUUUUUAUAAAGGCCAUGUAACACUUGUUAUAUACCUUUAUUAGUGAAAUAAAGAUUAUUAUUAUUAGACAGUGGCAUUUUCUAGGAAAAAACUCUAAUGUAGUUUUCAUUUGAAGUGUCACACCUACUUAAAAAAGACAAAUUUUUAUUUACAAAUUUAAGAGAAAUGUCAUCAUUGUAAUUUAUUUAUAACUGUCAUAAUAUGUCAUUCAAAAUACUCAAACAGGUGGACUCUUGAGUGUGAAAGGAUAUCUUCAAUAGGAAAAUAUAUUUGUCAACAAUAAGCCCAGCAUGUGUAAUGUUCCAUACUUUACUUUUUAAUGUUUCAAUUAAGCAUUUAAUAUUCUUUUUAAAUUAUGAUAGGAGCUGCUUUGGAAAACAUGAGGUAUGUGGUCUACAUGUAUAAUAUUGGGUUUUUCAAAAUUUAAGUGUAGUGUUUUAUCAUAAAUUAUUUAUUAAUAUAAAAAAGCCUAAGAAUAAAUUUCUUUGUCAUAGGUCUCCACCCUGCCAUGUCACUCUGCCAAACCAUUCUCUUGUGCACAAGCCUGCGGACGACAGUUGCCAUGUGGAAACCACACAUGUCAGUUGGAGUGUCAUGUUGUCAGUGAGGCAGCCACGAAUGACCAAGAGGUAUGAGUAAUUAAAAUAGCAUUAAUUACUGUAGGUUAAGUGUUAAGUUAUGGAAAUACAUCCUCACCUUUCAGUACAUAUCGCCCCGGACAGAAAAGAAGUGCACUGUGAGUUAUUCAAGCCUCCAGUCUCCCCUUGAGUACCAUAAACUGCCACUCACCUUUUUAUAGGAAAUUAAUGAUGCACUUUAUUAAUGCGAUUUUAAAAAAUUGCUUUAAUUUAAUGCAUCUUAAUUUACAUCUAUGUUAAUUUAAAUCACACUAUUUUACAUUAUUGUUGAUUUACAGCACCUUUAUUUUUCAAUAACAAAACCUCAUCUGCCCAUAGUUCCUUUAUCAGUAUACUGAUCUUGUACUUUUCAGAAGAAUUUAGAUCAGUGUUUAGUGACCUUCUGAAAUUAAACCCCCUUGAGGCAAAAAUUAAUGAAAACAACAAAAUCAUCUCAUGUUUACAAAUCUUUCUGACCCUUUAUUAAAAACCUGAGCCAUGUUAAUAAAUAAUAAAUAACAAUAAAUGUAUUGCUUUUUGUACCUGUUGUCUUAAAGUGCUCUCCAAAAUAGUCCUCAAUUCCUCAACACUAUAUUAACUGUAGUCAAUAACAGUAGUAUAAUUAUAGUUAUUGAGAACAUUUCACUUACCAGUAAUUUUUUUUGUCUGUUGUAUAGGCUGGUAGGGAAUGUCAAGUUUGCGAGGAACCUUGCACCAAGCCACGCCCAGAAGGAUGCACCCAUGACUGUCCACUACCAUGUCACAAAGGUGACAAUUUAACUGUCAUAAAAGAAUAAUGAAUGUUAGCUUUCUGAGAGAAACUGCAGCAAUGUUUAAAAUGAUUCUUGCAUGUGAAAACUGAAUUGAGGCUGACUUUAUAUUGAUUGUUUAUUUUAGGUGAUUGUCCAAGUUGUAAACAGGUGGUAAAGUUGUUAUGUCACUGCAGACUGAUGCCAGUUUAUGUGUCUUGCAGGUAUCAAACAUCUUAUUAAUUUGUAAUUAGAGACCUUAAGAUACACCAUUCCUGCGUGUAUGGCUAGGUUAACUUCUUACCCCAGAGAAAUGGCCAGGCUACAGGUUAGGAUGGUGAUGCAUUUAUCACAUCUGGGAAAUCAUGGUUACCUUUUAAAUAACUACGUAGCAGACAUGUCCACCAGCACCUACCUGUACCCAUAGCCAGAAAUGGUGUAUCUUAGGGACUCUAUUGUCCCACAGCUAUUAGCAUUUUUUUCAUAACGCUUUAUGAUACAGCAAUUCCUAGAUUUUGUAUAAGAUACAGUUGAACCCCGCUUUAUAGACACCCACUUAAUACGGAGUCACCUCGUUAUUACAGACAGUUUUUUUUUUCCUUUAGGAAAGCAGUUUACAUUUUCUCUUAAAUAAUUCAACCCACUUGCAGUGCCACCGGGAAAACCGUGAACACUUGAAAUAUUUCAGGAAUGCAUUUUGUGUUACGACUAAUCACAGCAAAGAUCAGCACAUGCGAGCAAGCAUUUCCUGAUUAAUGUUCUUGCUUGCAGUUUAGUUUUCUCAUGCCUGAUUGGCUUUUUUCUCACAUCACAAUAACAUUCCAGAAAUAUUUUUGGUGUUUACAGUUUUCCCGGUUGACUGUAAUACGGACAUGUGUUAAUGCAGACAACUUUUUUCUUGAUGUUGAUGGUCAAUGUUCCCAGUGCUGUAGUAUACCAGAUAGGAUGAACUGUGGAUGACAAUUUUAGUGGCCAAGGCUACUAAACUAGGUUCAUGUCACAAAAAUCCUGCAUAAGUAGAAGUACUGCUAGGACAAGAAUGCCGAUGUGUGCUUAUGUGUGAUGGUGAAUUCAGAGCCAAGUGAAUAUGUAAGAAAGAUAAUUUUUCAAACAGUCUCAGUGGAACUUUUCUUUUCUCUGCCAGUGAUACAAAGUACUUUUUACUGAAGAUUAUAUUCCCACUGGUCACCUACCACCUCAUUUGAAUGGGAUUCUAUGCCCAUUUGUAUUUUUCUCACUGUUUACCUCAACUUCCAUUCAUUUUAGCGAGCUGACUUCAUCAGAUGAACAAACACGUAAUGAUCUAACAUCCUGUAAAAAUCAGUGCCCAAAGAACCUUGCUGCGUGUGGUCACCGCUGCCCAUCUCUAUGCCAUGCCGGGUCCUGUCCCUCACCCAAGACAUGUAGUAAGAAAACUGCUGUAAGAUGUCCUUGCAGACGGAAAAAGAAAGUGAGCUUGUUUUUAAUCUAGUAAAGUAAAAUUCUGAAAAUAAGCCCCGGGGCUUAUAUUUUGUAAAGGCCCUUAUAUGGAGGGAAAUUUGAGUUUCAAAAUAGAUUGGGCAAGCCUUAUAGCUGGAAGUAAAUUUACCGUUUUUGCUUUGUUUUACUUUGUAUUUGAGGGCAAUUUUCCAAGUACAAUCCCCGGGGGGCUUAGAUUUGGAGGGGCAAUUUAACGGAGGGGUUUUUGCAUUACGAGUUUGGGGAGCUUAUAUUUGGAGGGGCUUAAACAUGGAGGGGCUCAUUUUUGGAAUUUUACGGUAUCUGUUAUGAAUAGUUAUGUUCCAAAGAGUUUCUCAAGCUAUCUGUUUCCUGCAAUUAUAUAUUUACUUCCAAAUGAACUUUGUUUGUAUCUGUGAGUAGAGGAGAGAAUAUUCAGGCUUUUUUUCCAAAGUCAAAGCAAUAAUUACAAUGUAGCUAACUCCAAAGGGAACACAAACCCAACUAUUAAUCAGGCAAUCACAGGUCAGACUGACAAGAAAGGAGUUUGAGUUUAGUAGUUCAACAGUCAAUCAAAAAAUUCAAAGUUUUGGUCAGCGUGGUUAAGAAAGUGCAAAAAAUAUUACUCGAUUGAUUUCAUCUAGUUUUUGAGAAAUCUCUGUGACAAAAAAAUCUGUUUAUAUCCUGAAACCGUGCUGAGAAAUAGGCUAAUGUUUUGAAGAAACUCUACGAGGAGGUAAGGUUGUUAAAAACUUAAAAAUAAAACAAUUAUUGGACCCAGCUUUUGUGUAAUAUGAAUAGGCCUCGACAUCCUCUGUGUAAGUCAGCCCCAUACAAUAAUAUUGUCAAUCAUAACUAUAGCAAAAUUCUCAAAUCUGAUUGGCUAUCAACUGUCCUGAUUUAUAAUGCUAUGCAGUCAUCCGAUUUUGUUAAUCACUCGCAUGAAUACAGGCCGAAUUGGACUCCACUCAGUCCUAUUAUCAUUAGUAAUAACAGAUUAAUUACAGAAUAUCUUGUUCAGCAUUCCAGAUAUAAAUGCCUCAUAGGUUUCUGCCUUAUGUGUUUUCUUAAGGAUUUCCCUUGCCAUGUGGUCCAGAAAGGUGAAGCUAAAAUGGACUGUGACAAAGACUGUGAUGCAUUUAAAGCAAGUCAAGAGAAACUGGCCUCAAAGGAAGAUGAAAUCAGAAAAGAAAAACAACGUAAAGCGCAGCAGGUAUUAAAUUCUUCUCUCCUAUGGCUGAUCCUUCUGCCAAUCCUUUACUUUUACUUGUGCGCUUGUCAGAAAAAAAAAAAUUGUUCCAAGAUGGUUAGUUUCCAGAGCUAGCAAAUCUUGUAGAAGACUGAAUAAGUCCUAUACUGUCUUUAGUCAAGCAAUUAUUUUAAUAAGGUCUUCAUUAUUUAUGGCUUCACUUUUUGGGACAAAGUUUUCUAAAGUCAGGAGAAAUAAUAAAGAGUGAUCCAGUUAACAAAAGGGCCACAAUGGCCACAACUACCAUGACCACAAGGACCACAACAGCAAUAACGACGGCAGGGAUUGAAGGGCCUCAAGAACCACAAGGACGAAGCCUGUGUAGCACGCGUUUCUGUGUGGUUUUGGAGCAAAGAAAGACAAAGGAACAAGAUUUUCAGUUUUGGUCACGCGAAAAAUGGAACGAGAGCCAACGCCGCUCUUUUACUCGCCAUUUUUCAUGUGAUCUUUGACUCUCGUUCCUUUUUCUUUGCUCCAAUUUGACCCAGUGUAACAUCUUGACCUAACAAUGUAGUAAAACCGAGAAAGGUGGGGCAGAAUCGCCAUUUCAGUGAUAAAGCCUGCUUUGAAAACAACUCCAAAUUUCAUUCAUUUGGCACACUCAAAUAACUCUGUGCUUUUGAUGUGUUAUGUCAUCUUUUUGUCCUUGAUGGAACCAGGGUAGCCUGCGAGCAGGCUGACUUUCCCCAAACUCGCACAAGUGAGCCAAUCUUGUCACCAGAGCCUCUGUUACUUUUGCCCAGCGGAAGGGGCAUCCCCAUUACUGUACAAAAGGUUCACGGCCUCUGGGAACGAGAUUGCAUAUGAGCCUGCUCGCAGGCUAGAACCAGGGUGAUGCAUGUGCACAUAUAAUGUAAUUUAUUCAAAAUCGAGCUGAAAAUGCAGGAACUUGCUGCAAAUGGCCACUUUGGGUUCCACAGGAUAACCAAGAAACACAGAAAUUCCAAGAUUAUGAAUUGCGUAUAUUAAUAAUACAUAAAUUUACAAGUAUAUUAAUUUUUCUUGCAGGAGGAACUCGAGUGGUUUGAGAGGAAACAGCGUGGAAAGAAACGAAGACCAAGAAAACAAGUAGAAGAAACAGUAGAACCAACCUGGUUCCAGCGUCACAUGUUUACCAUUCUAAUGGUGUCAUUAGCAGCUGGCUUAGUUUCAGGACUUUUUGUGAUUGCAGUGACCUAA